UUAGCAUUUAUAUAUAUGUAUAUAUAUAUACAUACAUUUCAUUUGUUAUAGGGAGACAGAGAUGCAAGUAUUUGAUUUCAGUACACAGUUUCUUGAGCAGUGGUUUAAUUUCAUAUUAUUAUUAUAAGUACAGUGUCAAGGCCUCUCUCUCCCUUUCCUGGAACUAGGGUUUCAUCUUUUCUAUGGUUCCAUAGUCCUUUUUCUUUUUCAUUGGGACAAAGUGACGAACAAGGCAAAAGGACAGAGAUUUCUUGAAAGAACCCUAAUCAUAUAAAUAGGCAGAGAAAAAUGGCUUCUUCCAGCCAUUCAUCAAAUUUUCCAUGUGCUGCCUGCAAGUUCUUGAGGAGAAAAUGCAUGCCAGAUUGUGUUUUUGCACCCUAUUUUCCACCUGAAGAACCCCAGAAAUUUAUCAAUGUUCACAAAAUAUUUGGUGCAAGCAAUGUUAGCAAACUGAUCAAUGAAGUAGCACCCCAUCAAAGAGAAGAUGCAGUGAACUCCCUUGCAUAUGAAGCUGAAGCAAGGUUGAAAGAUCCUGUUUAUGGCUGUGUUGGAGCCAUUUCCAUUCUCCAAAGACAAGUUUUGAGACUCCAAAGGGAAUUGGAUGCCAUACAUGCUGAUUUAAUCCGAUAUGCCACCGCCACCUGCAGCUGCAAUGAAAUGCCACCGCCAAUGGGAAGAACUUGUUUUCAUCAUAAUUCUUCUGGUAAUAUUUACUACCCUAAUCCUCACUGGAAUGAACCUUAUGAAGGCAAUGGAAGAUCAGAUGGUGGAAGCCUUUGAUGGUUGAAUUGAAGUGUCUUGUAAUUAAAUAAAGCAAAAACUAUGCUAGCUUUAGGGUUUUCUAUUUAUGGAAUCUCAUAAGGUGAUAAUUGUGUGAUAUUAUGGUAUCUUCAUGAUCUCCAUAUAUAUAUAUAUAUAUGUCAUUUCAUGCA